GGGAAUUAGGAAAGAGGAGAAAAAAAAAAAAAAGACUCAAACUUUAAGAAAAACAUCCUCAUCGUUUUGUGUCCAUCGAAUCGAAAGCUCUUCUUUUUAUCUUCGUAUUCAAUUCAUUCUUGAGAGGAGAGAGAGAGACAGAGAAGAGAGAGGAGCAUUGGAGGGAGAAACACACCAUUCCUUUCUUAAAAAUGGAGUCUUUUCACCAGAUCGAGGGGACGAGGAAGAUGAUGAUUUCUGGGUUUUGAUUUGUAUUCGUGGGAGAAAAAAUUCGAUUUUUUUGAAUCAGUAAUCUCAUUGUUGGUGUGAUCUUCUGGGUUUGUUUUAUGGAUUGCUGAUUCUUGUUCUGAUGGGUCGUCUUCUCCCGUCUUAUUGAAUCUGCGUCUGGGUUGAGAUUCUAAUUAGGGUUUCCUUUUUGGGUUCGUGGUUAUUAAUUGAUGGAGCCUCGUGUUGGAAACAAGUUUCGCCUUGGCCGGAAGAUUGGUAGUGGCUCCUUUGGAGAGAUCUAUCUCGGUACUAAUAUUCAUACCAAUGAAGAAGUGGCUAUCAAGCUUGAAAGUGUGAAGACAAAGCAUCCACAGCUGCUAUAUGAAUCCAAGUUAUACAGGAUUCUACAAGGAGGAACUGGUGUUCCGAAUGUGAAAUGGUUUGGUGUGGAAGGGGACUACAAUGUUUUGGUGAUGGACUUACUAGGACCGAGUCUUGAAGAUUUGUUCAAUUUCUGUAGCAGGAAACUUUCAUUGAAGUCGGUCCUCAUGCUUGCAGAUCAAAUGAUCAACCGUGUUGAGUUGUUCCAUUCAAAAUCUUUCCUUCACCGAGAUCUCAAACCAGACAAUUUCCUCAUGGGCCUUGGAAGGCGUGCCAACCAGGUAUACAUUAUCGACUUUGGUCUUGCUAAGAAGUACAGGGAUAGUACAACGCAUCAGCACAUUCCAUACAGGGAAAAUAAGAACCUGACAGGAACUGCGAGAUAUGCUAGUAUGAACACUCACUUGGGAAUUGAACAAAGUAGAAGAGAUGAUCUUGAGUCUCUUGGUUACAUCCUUAUGUACUUCCUCAAAGGAAGUCUUCCAUGGCAAGGGCUGAAAGCUGGAACCAAAAAACAAAAGUAUGAGAGGAUUAGCGAAAAGAAAGUUUCUACAUCCAUUGAGGCAUUAUGUCGUGGUUACCCGUCUGAAUUUGCAUCCUAUUUCCACUACUGUCGGUCACUUCGUUUUGAUGACAAACCAGAUUACGCUUAUCUCAAAAGGAUAUUUCGAGAUCUCUUUAUACGUGAAGGGUUUCAAUUUGAUUACGUGUUUGACUGGACCAUCUUGAAGUAUCAACAGUCACAGCUAACCGCACCCCCAUCUCGUUCCAUCAAUCCGGCGGUUGGAACUAGCGCCGCCUUGCCUCCGGGCAUUUCUAACAUGGAUAGAUACACAGGCGAGGAAGAAGGGAGACCGCAUAUGGAAUCCUCUCGACGGAGAGUUUCAGGCGCUCUUGACAACUCUGCGAAUCUUUCAAACCAACCGACUUCCUCAAGUGCUAGAGACUCCAUGAUGCCGAGCUCCUCGUUGUUUGCACAGUCAGCAGGAUCAUCGAGGAGAGUAGCAGCGGUAAGUAGCAGCCGGGACAAUUUCCCGGGAAGCGAGGAGUUUCAGAGAAGCCGUGCAGGUGACGUCAGCCGUGGUGCGAUUCCAAGGAACUCUCCGGUGGAGAUUGCGAAGAGGUCUUCUUCAUCCACAAGAAGACACUACGAAUCAGCCAUUAAAGGCAUAGAUAAUCUUCAAGUCUCCGACGAACACCACCCCCACUGAGAUACAAUAAUUUGUACUCUACUUGGUCAAUGACCAUUCUUUUUCUUUUUCCUUUUUCUAUCCAUGACAGACACUACGAAAAUUUGAAUACAGUUUGAUUGAUCCACUUGAAACGCAGUAGUCUA